GGCAAUGUCGUGAAGUCUCUGUCUUGCUUCCUCCAUUGACCUCGACACCUCUAUACGAUCUUGUACGAUUGGUGCAACGACUCAUAACAUAUAAGAAUCUGCAGACGGGCCCGCACCUUCGCCUUCUCGCUGGGUCGUCGCGGACAUGGCUCCCAGGCGAACGUUCGGACCAGAUGCAUCCGGCGCGGUAGAUGCAAGUGAGCAUACACCGCGCCCACCGAAUGGAACUCCACAAGCGCGUCGGAUGUCAUCGCGUGUAUCGUUUUCAGCCCUGCGGAAGCCAAGCUUCAGCCUGCUACGGAGGAGCACAGUCGACGAGGAGGCCGGUGAGGGGACGGUUAUGCAAGACAAGCCUGCGAUUCCAAGCGCGUUGCAACUAAGCGAGGCGUACACCACGCCGCUCCCAACGCUGUCUAUGGUUGUUCUGUCGAUUGCCAUGCUCGGGGAGUUCUUGUCGGCUAACGUAUCGGCGCCAUUCAUAUUGUUCAUGGUGCAAGGCUUCAAUCAGUUCGAAGAUGAGGCCAAAGUCGGCUACUGGACCGGUAUUCUGGUGUCGACGUUCUUCUUGACGCAGUUCCUCACGUCGCUGCUCUGGGCGACAGUCGCCGCAAAGCAUGGCCAGCGGAUCGUCCUCUUCAUAUCUCUGCUCGGCAGCGCCAUUACUUGCUGCAUAUUCGGGACUGCCACCACGCUCCAGGAAGCGAUAGCCAUACGACUGAUGCAAGGAAUAUUUGCCGGUGCGAUCGGCGUCGCGCGUGGCUGCGUCACAAUGAUCACCGACCAGAGCAAUGAGGGAAGGGCGUAUGCGAUUCUGGGGUUCUGCUGGGGAUUUGGCGGCGUAGCCGGGGCAAUCGUUGGUGGCACAUUCGAAUCACCGGCCACAAAAUGGCCCUCUGUAUUCGCCAAUGUCCCAGUUUUCGUGAAUUAUCCUUACUUGCUGCCGACCAUGAUAGCGGCUUCGGUCACGUUCAUAGGUGCUAUUCUCAGCUUAUUCCUCGCUCCGGAUGGUGGGCCACGAGAAGGCGCUAUUCGUUUACCAGCUGAGAAGGUUGAUACCAUUCCGGAGGAGGAAGAGUCGAUCCCUAGCACACCCGUACUCGGGAGCCCCGAGCGUCGCAGUGUCUAUGGGUCGCUGAGGCACAAGCUCCCAGCACGCCUCUCUGGGUACUUCACAGGCCGCGGUCAGGAUGCAGAGGAGGGGCCAUCGACGCCAAGGCACGUGCAGGAGCCCGUUCCACUUACGGUCACUCCGUCCAACAGUGCGAGCAAGAUGCGCGCGAUGUCCUCUACUAGUCACGCGAAUGGUUCUGCGUAUGGAUACGGAAGCGUAUAUAGGAGCCGACUGGCCAGUGGCUACAGCUUCGGAAACAGGAUGAGUGUAGCAGCUUCCCUUCGCAGGCGCGAGAGCAACGUUGAAGGCAUGCCGUCGUCUGUGGCUACCGACCGCGACCUCAACUUCGCUCAGCGGCUUCUGAUGGCAAACGAGAAUGCAGUCACCAAUAUCGCCGAUCUGUGGGUCGCUUCAGCCAUGAACGUCGACAACGAGGAUCCCUUCGAGUCAGAGGACGAGUAUGAAGCCGAAGAGGGUGCCACAGAAGGCGAUGAGGACGGGAUGGUCUCGUCGGCUCUCGACGACCUCGACGAGGAUGACGUGUUCGGUGGGCAAGGGGCUACGCCGACGCCUCGGAACAACCGCUUCUCUCGGCGGGAUUCGCACACGUCUGUGCGCUCGCAGUCGAAGCGCCCUUCGUUCUCGACCGCGCGCCGGCCACGACCGCUGGGCUCGCCACGGCGCCAGUCGUACUCCGGCCGCCUCUCCAUGCAACGCCAGCGCUCGUCGCAAUUCUCACCGCGCUUGCCCAACGAGGACCAGGGCACGCCACCCCCUUUGCACCGGCGCGCUUCCGGGAGCAUGCCCACGAUCUUUGCGCAUGCGGGUGUGCGGACGCCGCCCGCGGUCGUCGAGGCGCAGCAGCUGCUCGCGCAGUUGGGUGAGCAAGGCCCUCCGGACGUUCUCGAGCCGAUUAUGGAGAGGCAGAGGGACCAGCAGACCCUGCCCGCUGAGGCCGAGGCCGAAGUGCUGGAGAGGGAACCCUCGCUUAUGUCUUUGCUCCCUGUGGCGAUCAUCAUUCAGUAUGGGUUGUUGGCGCUCCAUUCGACGACGCACGAUCAGGUGUUCUACCUUUACCUCGUGUCCAAAUACCCUCUGGGAGGACUCAACCUCAACGCAGGGCAUUUCUCGCAACUGAUUGCCUUGAUGUGUUUGGCGCAGAUAGCCUACCAGUUCUACUUGUACCCGAACAUCGGCCCUCCGAGGGGUCGGUUCUCGCAUCUCGCGAUGUUCCGCAUUGGAUCGCUCCUCUUCAUACCAGCAUACUUGUCUGUCAUUCUGUACCGUGUGUUUGCAAGUUCGGACGACGAUGGGAACCCGGUUCUCAUGGCCGCUCUCGCAAUAAGCACGGCCGUGCGCUUCUGUGGAGGCACGUUCGCGUACACCGCAGUAUCCGUGCUGCUGAACUACAUGUCUCCGCCGCAUGUCGUGGGCUUUGCAAACGGCAUUGCGCAAAGCACCGUCAGCCUCGCACGAUUCAUUGGCCCCAUCCUGGGCGGCACACUCUGGUCCAUGAGCGUGGAGAACGGACCCGCCGGGUACCCGGUCGGCUUCAUUGCAUGCUCGGGAGUGUGCGCACUCGCUGUGGCCCUUAGCUUCCUCAUUAAGUGAGCGACUUGCAUUUUCCAGACCUCGAUUGCCUCUCGUAUACCACAGGACUUUGUACCCCGAUUCGUGGUCAUUUUCGGAAUACCGUAGCCUUCAGCCUUUCUCUUCCUCGUUUUUCUUUAUAGUUAUGUUACUGUGCGACUUGUCGAAGAUUCUGUGCAGGUAGUAAUGAUCGUCUAGAUGGACUAUGAAACAUCCCCUGGUUCUGUGUGCCUGCAUCACGGACAUAUACUGCCAUCGACGGAACG